AUGUGCGAAGACUCUGGAUCCAAGGUCAGCCAUAAACGAAACCUCAGCAAUGGAACAUCUGAGCUCUCGCCACCCAGACGAUCCAAACGACAGAAAUCCACUACGAAUUUGAAAGAACUCUCUUCUCCAGAAGCCUCAGAGUCAGAGGCCGAAAAAUUUACUCCUGCAGUGAAAAAAGAGGCUGACGAGAAACCUCUUGUUGAUACUGCCAAGGAGAAUAAAAAGAAGGCUCCAGUGAAGAAGGCUCCAGUCAAAAAGGAGUCCAACGAAGGCGCCAAACCUACAAAGGUGAGAAAGUCUAAGAAAGAUCAAGAACUUGAGAGUAUGCCGUUGGCUCCGCGGACUAAGGGUCUGCGUAUGUUCGUCGGCGCUCACGUCAGUGCUGCAAAAGGUGUUUUUAAUUCCAUACAUAAUAGCGAGAAUAUUGGAGGAAAUGCAUUUGCCUUGUUCUUGAAGUCACAACGCAAAUGGGAAAACCCAGCUCUCCAGAACGAUCAUCGCGAUCAAUUCCGUAAACUUUGCGCAGAAAAGGGUUAUGACGCAGCCAAACACGUUCUCCCUCAUGGCUCAUAUCUUGUCAAUCUGGCCCAAGAUGAUAAAGCCAAAUCUAAGCAAGCAUAUACCUCCUUCCUGGAUGAUCUCCGCCGGUGCGAGGCACUUGGAAUUACACUUUACAACUUCCACCCCGGAAGUACCAAUCAGACACCUCUCCCCGAAGCACUUUCCCGCCUAGCAGAGAUGUUAGUUCAGGCCAUCACCGAAACGACGACCGUAGUUCCCGUCCUGGAAACAAUGUGCGGCCAUGGCAACACAAUUGGUGGCGCACUGUCCGAAUUCCGCGACUUGCUAGCUCUAAUCCCGAAAGAGCACCACUCCCGCAUUGGUAUCUGCGUCGACACCUGCCACAGCUUUGCAGCCGGCUACGAUCUCACAUCCCCAGCGGGAUUCAAAGCCUUCCUCGACGAAUUCGACGAUCUAAUUGGAAUCAAGUUCCUCCGAGCUCUGCAUCUCAAUGAUUCAAAGGCACCGCGGGGAAGCAAGCGCGACCUGCACGCCAAUAUCGGCACGGGGUUCCUCGGCCUACGCGCGUUUCACAACGUCAUGAACGAGCCGCGAUUUGAAGGGCUGCCUAUGGUCCUUGAGACGCCUAUUGACCGUGUCCCCGGACAGAAUGUAGCCACCGGAGACGACACAGCUGAUAACAGUGAGAGCGAGUCUGGGAAGAAGAAACAGCCAAAGAAGGGACCCAAGAGACCUGCUGGUGCGGGUGCAGCUGCUGUUCCCGAUCCGGGUGUAUGGGCGGGUGAGAUCAAACUUCUUGAGUCGCUAAUUGGGAUGGACCCCGAAGGCGAAGAGUUCCGGGCUCUGGAGGCUCGCCUUUCGGAGGAGGGUCGUGCGGAGCGCGCGAAACAUCAGGAUCAGUAUGAGCGUAAGCUUGAGGCGGAUGAGAAAAAGAAAGCGAAGGGACAAGGAAAGGCCAAGGGACAGAAGAGUCUUAUGGACAUGAUGAAGGGCGGCGCUGCGAAGGAGUAG